AUGGCCGCCCGCCGGUCUCUGGCCAGUUCCAUCCCCGCUCUGCGGUCCGUUCCCCGCACGCCCGCGGUUGCACGCGCUGCCUCAAAUACCCGGGCCCUUACCACCGCUACUCCUGCCGCCAGACUGGCCGCUCGUGGAGGUGUCACAUACCCUUCAGGCAUCUCUGCCGUGCGUAAACUGCAUGCUACUGUCCAGCAGCUCGCCCCUGCCACAACCUCGGCAGCCUCUACCGCAACCUCCUACCCGACAGAUCACAAUCCCAUUGCCGCCCCCGUUGAUACCACCAACUUCCUAGAUAACGAGUUCACUACAUCCAAGGCCACCAAGUGGAUUGACCUCCAUGAUCCCGCCACUAACAACCUCAUUACUCGUGUGCCCCAGAGCACCAAUGAGGAGCUGAAGGCCGCCGUUGCGUCGGCCGAGAAGGCCUUCCCUGCUUGGCGCGCGACUAGCAUCAUGGCUAGACAGCAGAUCAUGUUCAAGUUCACCAGCUUGAUCCGCGAGCACUGGGACCGCCUGGCUGCUUCCAUCACUCUUGAGCAGGGUAAGACUUUUGCUGAUGCCAAGGGUGAUGUUCUCCGUGGUUUACAGGUUGCUGAGACUGCCUGUGGUAUCACCACCCAGAUGACUGGCGAGGUGCUGGAGGUGGCCAAGGAUAUGGAGACACGAAGCUACCGUGAGCCUCUGGGUGUUGUUGCCGCUAUCUGCCCUUUCAACUUCCCUGCCAUGAUCCCGCUGUGGUGUAUUCCCGUUGCCACCGUCACUGGUAACUGCUUGGUCAUGAAGCCCUCUGAGCGUGAUCCCGGUGCUGCGAUGAUUCUUGCCGAGUUGGCUAAGGAAGCCGGCUUCCCUCCCGGUGUUAUCAACAUUGUGCACGGAACUGCUCCCACUGUGGACUUCAUUCUUGAUGAGCCUGCUAUCAAGGCCAUCAGCUUCGUUGGUAGCAACCGUGCUGGUGAGUACAUCUACACUCGUGGUUCCGCCAAUGGCAAGCGUGUCCAGGCCAACCUCGGCGCCAAGAACCACGCUGCCGUCCUGCCUGACUGCAACAAGAACCAUGCCUUAAACGCCAUCACUGGUGCUGCCUUCGGUGCUGCUGGUCAGCGCUGUAUGGCUCUGAGCACCGUUGUGAUGGUCGGCGAGACAAAGGAAUGGUUGCCCGAGAUUGCUGAGCGUGCUAAGGAGCUUAACGUGAACGGUGGCUUCGAGGAGGGUGCCGACCUUGGCCCUGUUAUUAGCCCCGAGAGCAAGAAGCGUAUUGAGGAUCUAAUUGCUAGCGCUGAGGCUGAGGGUGCUACUAUUCUUCUGGAUGGUCGUGGCUUCAAGCCCGCGAAGUACCCCAAUGGCAACUUCAUUGGCCCCACCAUCAUCACCAACGUCACCCCUGACAUGAAGUGCUACAAGGAGGAGAUCUUCGGCCCGGUCCUUGUUUGCCUGAACGUUGAGACCCUUGACGAUGCUAUCAACACUAUCAAUGCCAACGAGUACGGUAACGGCGCCGCUAUCUUCACCAAAUCUGGCUCUACCGCCUCUCGCUUCCAAAAGGACAUUGAGGCCGGCCAGUUGGGCAUCAAUGUUCCCAUCCCCGUCCCACUGCCCAUGUUCUCCUUCACCGGUAACAAGAAGAGUAUCGCCGGUGGCGGUGCCAACACCUUCUAUGGCAAGUCGGGCAUGCACUUCUACACUCAGCAGAAGACUGUUACCAGCUUGUGGAAGAGCGAGGACGCUGUCAGCACCAAAGCUGCCGUUGUUAUGCCUACUCACUCCUAA